GACUAUUGCUUAAAUUAAUUAAUUAAUUAUUUUUCCCGCCGAGCAUGGAGUUGCCUUUAUAGAGCCCUUUCGUUUGCAUUUCGGUUCGGUCCAGGUUCUUCUUCCUUCCCGUCGUUGCUCUGUAAUCUCUCGAAAAAUCUCAGGCAGUUUAGCAUCUGGACCUUGAAAAUGGCGGCCGAGAACGAAACCAAGAAUGAUGCAUCUGCAGAGUCGCCGACUUCCGUACUCGAGGACGAGGAGAUAUGCAAUGAGAAAACUGGAGUCAAGAUGGAAGAAGAAAUUCUUCUUGAUGUGAAAAAUGAGGAUUGUUCUCUUAUAUCAAAGGCCAUGGUAGAGGAGGAAGAGAAGCUACUUGAAGCCCGAAUAAAGGAAGAGGAAGAAAUAGCAAAGCAGUAUGUGGAGGCAACACAAUUGAAUGACACCCAGUUUGCUAAACUGGACGAGCUUCUAACCCAAGCACAGCUUUACUCAAAGUUUCUGUUGGAAAAAAUGGAAGAUAUUACAAAUAAUGGAGUGGAGGAAGGCAAGGAAGUUAGUAAAGAAAAAAAGAGAGGCCGUGAUUCAAAAAGAAAGGCUGCCACACACUACAACAGCAGAAGGGCCAAGAGAGCUGUUGCAGCCAUGCUGACCAGAUCAAAUGAAGGCACUGCUCCUGAAGAUGUGAAUCUCACUGAGGAGGAGAGAGUUGAAAAGGAACAAGCUGAUUUGGUACCCUUAUUAACUGGUGGAAAAUUGAAGCCUUAUCAGAUUAAAGGUAUAAAGUGGCUGAUCUCGCUAUGGCAGAAUGGAUUGAAUGGAAUCCUUGCUGAUCAAAUGGGCCUUGGGAAGACGAUACAAACUAUUGGCUUCCUUGCCCAUUUAAAAGGGAAUGGGAUGGAUGGGCCCUAUUUGGUCAUUGCCCCUCUGUCUACUCUCUCUAAUUGGGUUAAUGAGAUAUCAAGGUUUACGCCCUCAGUGAAUGCCAUUAUCUACCAUGGCUCUAAGAAAGAAAGGGAUGACUUAAGGAGGAAGCACAUGCCAAGAACCGUCAGCUCUAAAUUCCCCAUUGUGGUUACAUCUUAUGAGGUUGCAUUAAUGGAUGCGAGAAGACACUUGAGGCAUUACAAUUGGAAAUAUCUUGUGGUUGAUGAGGGUCAGAGGUUGAAAAACUCAAAAUGUAAAUUAAUAAAGGCUUUGAAGGAGUUGCGAGUUGAAAAUAAGCUUCUACUGACUGGUACUCCUCUGCAGAACAACUUGGCAGAACUAUGGUCAUUGCUGAACUUCAUUUUGCCUGAUAUAUUUUCAUCCCAUGAAGAAUUUGAAUCAUGGUUUGAUCUUUCGGGCAAGUGCAACAAUGAAGCUUUGAAGGAAGAAUUAGAAGAGAAGAGAAAGGCUCAAGUGGUAGCAAAACUCCAUGCCAUCUUGCGUCCCUUUCUCCUUCGGAGAAUGAAAUCAGAUGUUGAACAGAUGCUCCCCCGGAAGAAAGAGAUUAUCUUGUAUGCUAACAUGACCGAACAUCAAAAGAACUUCCAGGAUCAUCUAAUAAAUAAGACACUUGAAAAGUAUUUGCAGCAGAAUGUGGCACUCGGCCGUGGUGGUAUGAAAGGGAAGCUCAAUAACUUGAUGAUACAACUUAGGAAGAAUUGCAACCAUCCUGAUCUGUUAGAGUCUGCUUUUGAUGGCUCUUAUUUCUAUCCACCCGUGGAGCAGAUAGUUGAUCAGUGUGGAAAAUUUCAGUUGCUGGACAGGUUGCUAGUAAAACUAUUUGCUCGGAAGCACAAAGUUCUAAUCUUCUCUCAAUGGACUAAGGUGCUUGAUAUAAUGGAGUACUAUUUUAGCGAAAAGGGAUUUGAAGUCUGUAGAAUUGAUGGUAGUAUGAAAUUGGCAGAAAGAAGAAGACAGAUCCAGGAGUUCAAUGAUGUGAACAGUAAUUACAGGAUAUUUCUUCUCAGCACUAGGGCUGGCGGGCUGGGUAUCAAUCUUACUGCGGCUGAUACCUGCAUUCUAUAUGACAGUGACUGGAAUCCCCAGAUGGAUUUACAGGCAAUGGACCGAUGUCAUAGAAUAGGUCAGACAAAGCCUGUUCAUGUUUACAGGCUGGCAACUGCUCAAUCUGUGGAGGGUCGUAUAUUGAAAAGAGCUUUCAGUAAAUUAAAGCUUGAGCAUGUGGUGAUUGCGAAGGGGCAGUUUCAGCAAGAAAGAACCAAGCCCAGUGGUGAUGUGGAGGAGGAGGAUCUGCUUGCGCUGCUUCGUGACGAGCAGGAUGCUGAAGACAAGAUGAUACAGACAGACAUCAGUGAUGAAGAUAUGGAAAGGGUGUUGGACCGCAGUGAUCUAGUAGUUUCUGUUCCAUCUAGCGAGGGUGGUAUUUCUGACACUCCGAUCGGUGCUUAUCCUCUCAGAGGCCCUGGCUGGGAGGUUGUAAUGCCAACUGCAACUGGUGGCAUGCUUUCUACCAUUAACAAUUAGCGCUUUAGUUUGACGCUAGAUUUUGAAGUUACACAGUUUGAUUUGGCAUUUGCGGAACUAUAUAUAUAUAUAUAUAUAAUGAUGCCGUACAGGGCUGGAACUUGGAUGCUCUGAAAAGUUUUCUUAGUGGGGGAAGCUUUCUCUUUCGUGUCGUGAAGUUUUGGAGAGGGAGCUGUUUUUCCAGCAGAAUUGUACUGAUGUAGUAGAAUCCCCAUGGCCUUGAAUCUUCAAAGGUGUUGGUUUUGGUAUUACAGGUGCAUAGACACUGCCCUCUGAGGCCUAAAUUCUUGCAGUAUUGAGUGUGUGGUCUCUCUGCCUUUGAUUAUUAAUGAUUAAUUUUAGUCUUAAUUUGAUAAUUGUGUUGGAUCUGCUUGUAAUAAUGUUAAUGUCUGCGGGUUUAAGUUACAUUUUUGUUUUAAUGGAAACAUGGGCUGUUCCAAUCU